GAGGAGCGAAGCGGCCGCUGCUUCCCGGCCCUGCUGCGGGUGCUGGAGAGAGCGGGGCUGUCCGCUCUUCCUCCUCUUCGCAGGCGGCUCGUGUGAGUCAGGAACAUCUGUGUUGUCUUUGGUGUCAUGAUACAGGUGGGUGUCAUUAAGCAUAAAAAGAAGCAAGCCCAAUCAGAGCAGAGAUGGUGAUUCACACUGUACAGUAAGAAACAAAAAUGAAGAAAGAAGAUGAGGCUCAAGAAGGAUUUCACUUGGCAUGGCAGAGGGCACUGAGGAAUGUAAGCCGCUCCCCGCCGCAGACUCCAUCCCCCACAAGGCGCCGCUCCGCCCGGCCCCGCAGUGUGCGCGCAGCCCGUUGGCGAAGCGGAGCCCCGACGGAAACCUAUCGCCUCCCGGCUCCUUGUGCGGGGCCGGCAACCGCCGUACACACACAGCACGAGCCCGGAGGCCCUUCAGGCUGCGCCGACGGACGGCCGAGCCAUGAACCUGGGAGAUGGGCUGAAGCUUAAAACUGAGGUGCUGGAUGGGAAGCCGAGGCUGAUUUUAGCCGCUUCUGAUAAAGCAAAGCCUGCAAUGAAGAUGGGAAAUAAAGGCAGGGUGCCUAAACAGACUUUGAGGAUAAGGCAUACUGGGCAUAUGCUGAGGUCAACACAAAAUACUUGCAUCAAUCAGGAAAACUUAACAAAACCAAGGAGUGGAUCGAGCUUAUCAGUGUCAAAAGGGGAAAGAGCGGAUGGAACCAAACCUUCCUCACGUGAAGCCACAACUAAAGAUCACUCUUUGAUUUUCCAAAGAGAUACCGCAAAUAGGAAGCCCGACUCUGAGAAUCUUAAUAUUAAAGAAAGUAAACACCAACCUCAGAAUACACAUGUAUCAGCUGAAGACCUGAGGAGUUUGGUCUGUUUAACGCAAGAACAGCUUCAACAGAUUUUGAUGAUUGUAAAAGGAGGAACUGAGCAGAUCUCUGAGACUCCCUGUGAAAAGCAAGAGGAAAUGGGAUCUAGUGAGCCAUCAGAGGAAACCACUGUAGCAUUGCUCCAAAAAGCUUGUGAAGUUUCAUCUGUUCCAGAAGAGUCAAAUUCAAGCGGGAAACAAGAGUCAUAUCCACAACCCAGAGAGAAAGUUAUAAAGGAAUCCUGGAAACCCGCUGACAUGUUUAGUACCUUGGGUGAAAGAGAAGGAGAGAAAGCCUUAUUAGAAUCAAAAAAGAGCCAAUGGAAGAAGGAAUUAGAUGAACAGGUAGCACUGAAGAAGAAACUGAAAGAAACUUUGGAAGCAGAUGUGGCGUAUUUGGGGCCGAAACCUGGCAAUGAUAAAAACCAUACAGAGAAGAUAGAAACAGCUGACCCAGAUAAGGCUGAAGAGCAUGACAGAUGGGCAAUGCAUUUUGAUUCUUUAAAGAGCCACCUUAAUACUAACGCACAACACCCCUUAAAUGGAAUGUACAAAAAGCAGCCUGAAAGUCUUUGCCUGUCACCUGACCCUAAGGAGCUGACUGCUUUUGUUCACCCUUUCUCACCUGCAGCUUUAGGCAACUUCAUGCCCUCAAAAAUGGGAAAUGCAGAAAAAGGUGCUAAAAGCAGCGCUUUGGAUCACAGCCAGAAAACCAGUUUCCUUCGUUCAAUGACAGCUCUCCUGGAUCCUGCACAGAUUGAAGAGAGAGACAGGCGGCGGCAGAAGCAGUUGGAACAUCAGAAAGCAAUAAUGGCUCAGGUAGAAGAAAAGCGGAAGAAGAAACAACUGGAAGAAGAGAAGAGAAAAUUGGAGGAACAAGAGGAAGAACAGCGCUUAGCACGAGAAAAAGAACUGAUGCAGAAACAGUUUGAAGAAGAUCUGCUGAAACAAAAACAAAAGGAGGAACUUGUGACUCUGAAAACAAAUGAGCUCUAUCAGACAAUGCAGAAAGCUCAAGAAUUAGCACAGAGAUUAAAACAGGAACAGCGCAUUCAAGAUUUGGCUCAGAAGGGACAUGACAUUUCAAAACUGAAGAAGAAUCUUGGUGGGGGUGGCGGUGAAUUUGAAACCUGUAAUACUGAUGUUUCACCAAGUCCUAAUUUUUCUGAUGACAUUAACAUCAGUCAGCAAACUUCUCCUCGGAAAGACACUGCUGUACAGACAGAUGACUACAUUGCUUCAGCACACAUUGACACAGCUGAGGAAGGAACUUCACGUUGUGGUUCACCAGAUAUUCCCAUAGAAUAUAAAGAAACCUCUAGCAGCAGAAAACUCCAGAAAGAAAUGCAGUUUACGGAUAAAAACAGAAUUUCAGGACAAGAGAAUGGUGGCAUCCACAGCGAGCUGUAUGAACAAUAUGCAAGGAAAGGAAGACAAGUCAAACCUUCAGAAAAACCUGGCAAAAGACCUGACUGGAACAUAAACAAGCCUGAGAAAAGAUACAUUCCAGCAUCAGAAAGAUACCCCAAACCACUGCAAAAACAAAGGGAAGAAAAUAAAGUAAGACGACAAAUGGAGCUGCUUCAGUUGGUAGAAAGAAAUACCCCUGGGAAUCUCUGCCAAAAAAAGGGCUGCUGUUCAGAUAGGUCUCCUUCACCUCAUGAAGAGCUGAAGAAUAAGGGACAAAGAAUCAGAAAGGAAGAACAACUCCGUAAGAAUCAUUUGAACGAAGAAAGGUCUGACUCACCACCUGUUCCAGCAGUUAAGAACAGGUUACAGGUACAACAAAAGCAGAUAAGUGCCAGGAAAUUGGAAGUGUGUAACAGUAGUAGAAGAGAGAAAAAUACCAAGGCAGACAUACAGCAGAAGAGCUUCCCUCCUCCGGUUUCAGAAGUUGAAAGGCCUCCCUCUUCACAGUUUAUUCCGUAUGUUCGAACAAAUGAAGUGUAUUAUCUUGAUCCAGAUGCACCAGUGACUAAACCUUCAUCACACAGCCCACAGUGUCGACAGCUUAAUGAUUCUUACCAAGUGCCACGGCAGAUUUUUAGCUCUGAUCACACUAGAGAUCCUCUUCUAAAUCCAGAUGUAGUUAGAGAGAGGCAACAAGCAAUUCUCAAAGGACUGUCAGAACUACGGCAGGGCCUCCUGCAGAAGCAAAAGGAGUUGGAGUCAGGUCUAAUUCCUGUUAAAGCUCAAGAAGAGAACUUUGUUUUACCAUUUUGAAAGGUACCUUGAAUUAUUUAAACGUAGAAGCACAGCAUUUUGCUACUGUAAUUGUGAGCCAUCUAUAUUGUUUUUAAUUAAAUAAAUUAUUAUGCAAUUUUUAAUAGGAUUCCAGGGUUAUGUUUCUUUUGAGAAGGAAAAUAAAUUGAACUACAUGUUCAGAAUGGUCCCAAAGUCCAUUUAGUAUAGACACCAAAAGGCCAUAUAAAAAAUUGUGACAUGGA